ACCCUGCUCCAACACACCUGAAUCAAGCUCUCUAGGACUGGACUUGAACACCCCUGCUGUAGAUGGAUGUCAUUAGGUUUAAAUUCCAAUGUUAUCCGCAUACAACUAUCAGCCAGUCUGUAUUGACAUUAUGGUCCUUGGGGAGAAAGGUGUGGUUUUGUGAAAACGAAUGGUUCACAAAACCACCUUUCCCCCAAAGACGAUGUCCAUCUACAUCUUCUCUCCUUUUAUAGCUCCUCUCCAUAGAAGCUACAUUUUGUGUGGCAUUCUGUUUGACUAGGAUUCCUUCCUUGAGGAGGACAUCAGCUGAGAUAAUGCUGCAACCAAUUAAGUUUGUCAUGACCGAUGGCUGCUUGUAUUGAGUCGGUUUCUGGUUCUGCUGGAGGUUUCUUCCUGUUAAAGGGGAGUUUUUCCUCCCCCCCUUUUUCUACAUUCAUGCCCUGUAAGAGAGUUUGCUGUAAUGUCAAUAACACAAUGCAAGCAGUUGUCACCACAGGAGGAAUUAAUUCUGUAAGUCAAUGACCCGAUGCAAUCUGCGGGGUUUUCUUGGAUACAAACUUUUUAAACCACUUGUGCCUUGAGACAAUACUUCUUGUAAAUUGGCACCUUGAUUAGUGUUCAGCUCAGGCAAACAGUUCAUGAUACUUGUGAUCAUGAUUUGGUAGAGAUCAGCUUCUCUCUCUCAUGUUUUCACUUGGUUUCUUCUCUCCUUUCUCUUCCAGUCUUUUGCUCGAGUUUCGAGUUACUGCCACGUGUGGCACUUGUAGAAGUGACUUCUGACCCACUUCCUAUCCUCACUUUGUCAUAUGCCUUUGUCAUAACCUUGUAAAAAUAGAAUUUUGUCAAUAUCUGGAAAACUAGAAAAUGUCUUUUUUUAAGAUCUUGAUUUAAGGGUACUUGAUUUAAAUUCAAUCAAUACCACCUAUGUACACAGGGGGCAGUAUAUAAAAUAUACGGAAAUAGUUAUCCAGAAGACUAGAUCGUAAUUUCCGGUUAUGUUGUGUUGGCGGGAAACGCUGGCUGUCCAGUUCUGAGAAGAGACAGACUACAUUCUCCAUGUCGCGGGUCCUGAACGGGAUUGUGGCGGUGUGCCCCAACCUGGGCAUUGGGAAGGACGGGAAGCUGCCCUGGCAUCCUAUUCGACUCAGCAACGAAUUCGCUCAUUUCCGAAAGAUGACAGCCACACCGUCAGUAGCAGGCAGGAAGAAUGUGGUAAUCAUGGGCAGGAAGACCUGGUUCUCCAUCCCAGAGAAGAACAGGCCACUGAACGGCAGGAUCAACAUCGUCCUCAGCAGGAAGUACAAGGUGCCACCUGCAGGAGCACACUACCUGGCGGCAGACUUCAGCUCAGCUCUAACAUUAGUUGACACAGAACUGGCAGAAGAAGCUGACCAGGUCUGGGUUAUAGGAGGAAGCGCUCUAUACAAGGAGUUGAUGGAAAGCCCGGGAACCACGAGGCUGUUUGUCACACAAAUCCUGCAGCAGUUUGACUGUGACACAUUCCUUCCUAAAAUCUUUCCAGACAAAUAUCAACUGCUGCCAGAAUUUCCAGGAGUCCCAAAAGAGCUUCAAGAGGAGAAUGGAAUCCAAUACAAAUUUGAAGUGUAUGAAAAUAUUUAACAAAUGACGUAAUAUGAAAAAAUAAGAUAAUGGGACAAUGCACUGUAAAUGUUCACGCAUAAUUUUGUUUUACUGAUUUACUGUUUUAUAAAUGUGUUGGGACAGUUGGUAGCAGAAAGUCUGUCCUGGCUCCUGUAGGUUAAACAAGGAGUGUAUGGUCAUUGUUAUGAUCAAUCUGAUUAGCAUCGCUUGGGAAGGUGAAAGCAUUUCAUCAAAGCUCCCAUUUUCCUGCUCAGUGUUGUUGUAUGUUGAUUACCCGAGAUAAAUAAGUGUAAUUAUUAUUGUAACUGAAGCUUCUCUAUUAAAAACAAGUGCAUAUAUUAGUUUCUCUCACUUCAAUAACUUAGAAAAACUAAUUGACCAAGCUGAAGCAUAGCAAAGUUAGAAAUGUUUGAUUUUAAAUAAAAUGCUAAUCUUUUAAAUCAUUAA